UAAAUAGAAAUGAACUAAUAUUCCAAAAAAGAAGUGAAAAUAAUUCAAAUAUGGAAAAAACUUAUAAUAGGAAUAAUGAAGUAAAAUUUGGAGAAUCAACCAGACCGAGACCAUCGUUCUUAAAUGACAAUAGAAGAACAUUUGAAUCAGGAAGAAUUAUAUCAAGACCAGGACAAGCACCAAUUCACAUCAGAAAUGAAGAAAAUAAAAAUGAGGAUCUACGGAAGAACCCAAGAAGGAAGAAAAAAGAGUAG